CAAGCAUGCUUGCCGCCGCCGCCGCCGCCACUGCCGCCAGACCGCGACCGCGCACCGCCGAUACACCACGUCUGCCGACGGUUCUCGCAAGUCGACUGUCGAUAUAAAAUCGCGUGUGUUUAUUUACGAAGCCUUCAAAUUUGUUGGAGCAACGAACUUCUUUCAAAACUUUAAUUGUCCUUAACUGGCUGAUUUUUCGCUGUAGCUGAGUAAGAUGGAGCACGAGCACAGCGCGCACGCGCACGCACACAUGGCCAGCGUGGCCGCGCCGCGCACGGCCACCACGACAUGGAGGACGGCUGCUCCGGACACAUGCACGCCAUGGUGUUCCACACGGGAGUCUGCCAAGAGAUCCUGUUCAGCGGGUGGAUGACCACGACUGCGCUGGAGCUGUUCGGUUCAGCGGUUGCCAUCUUCCUGGCAGGCGUGCUGUACGAGGUCAAGUACUACAGGGAAGCGCUGCACGCGCGCGCCACCUCCGUGCGCGGAGACUCGCAGGUCAACAUCACCAAGAACGAGUGCGGCGCCAAUGGGAACUGCGGGGGCACUGCUGUCGUUAAAUACUCGAUGCUCUCAAUGGGUCACUUCAUCCAGACCCUCCUCCACAUCGUGCAGUCGACGGCGUCGUACGUGCUGAUGCUGGUGUUCAUGACCUACAACGUGUGGCUCUGCAUCGCGCUGGUGGCCGGCCUCGCCGUCGGCUACUUCUGCUUCGGCUGGCGCAAGAACACCGUCGUCGACGUCACGGAGCACUGUCAAUAGCCGGACGCGGACGCGAAGCUACAGUUGGACCGAUCUCACUUAUCACUAUAUACUGUCAAACAAGUCUGUCAGUAAAUAAGAACUAAGAAAACUAUAGGCAUCCUUUUCUCUAACACCCUAAAGAAAAGGAUGCAUAUAGUUUUCUUUGUUGUUAUUUACUGACAGACUUGGUUGACAGAGUAUAGUUAAUGCCGCUAAUGCGGUAAUUGUGACGUUUCGUGACACUCCCCAUUGCAAAGAGAGCGCUGAGUGAGCUCGGUCCGUCUUUAACUCUCGAUGCUAGAAUAUUUAGAAUAAGUUGGAUUUCUCAUAUAACAGUGAGAAAACUCGUCAAGAUAUAAGUGCAGCGGUGAAUUGCAUAUUUAUAUUGUAAAAUAAGAAAAGCCUUAUGAAGAGAGCGAUGUACUGGACAAUUGCAAUACUUACAUACUUAUUUUAAAAGAUAUUAAAAAUUGUGGAUUGGUGUGCCUACCUGUGAAAGUAUCACAAGCAACAUCGUCAUAUACUUACACUUAUUGAUAAAAUAAGCUGUGAUAUUUUGAUAAAUUAUGUAUUCUGACAAACUUUAUAAACUCUUUGUUCUAACUCGACUGUACGAAGCACAUUAUUGUGCAUUUUUAGAUUUUUACUGAGUUCGACAAACCGUGCUCAAGGUAAAAACAAAUCGUGCUCAACUCAAGGUAACUAAAUGUGCUUCUAGUGGUACUGUUUGAUGUUUGUUGUCUUGCCUUUCUCUAUUUUGCCAUUUAUGCCUAGGUACCACAAACUACAGAGGAUACUAGGUACCAGUGGCGGCUGGUGAACAUUUCUGCUAGGCAACACUGAGCAAAAAGAAACCUACUUUAACAUUAGGUAGUACUUUACUAGUAAUCAAUUUUAGGCAAGCCGGUGGGAAUCGGCUAUUUAAGCAUCAAUUUGUAGAUCAUCUGUCUAUAGAUAGAUUUUACAAUCUAUAACUAUAACAUAUAGGCUGUGCGGAAUAUACUCAGAGCCCCCCAUACAUUCUAACUGCUUUUAUUUUUCCGAACAGACUGUAUGUUUUAUUGAAGACCAAUGUUGUGAAGGCGUCAAUUAUUCUCAUUGUCGAAGCAAUUCAAGAAUUUUUCACUCUUGUGUAUAAUCGUCCAAAAUGCACUCUAAGAAUACCUCCUGGUAGGUAUAAGGCUUGGAAGUAAAAUAAAAUAUAAUCUAAUAUUAUUAAGGUCUGUUAUGUCUUCCACAAAUAUCGCCUAUAUUAGAUAAUUAAGUUUGUAAUUUUGUGUCAGGUGUAGUGAGUGCCUAAGCUGCUUAAGCUAAAUAAACUCAGAUAUUAUCUAUUAUAAGAGCAUAUAUUGUCAUCAGCCAAAAUAUGAAAUCAAAAUGUAUACAGAAUUUAAAAUAAAAACGUCAUAAGCCGCUCAAAUAAUUAUAUAUGUAGUUAACCUGUUCUACAGGUGGAAUCCACUUAAAAUAUAUUUUUACAUUUGUGAUAUUAUAAGUAGAUAAUAUAAUAAGUGAUUAAUUGUAGUUAGAUUUAAGAAAGAAAAACUCAAGACACAUUUUUUGUAAAUAUUUUUAAACGCGGUACCUAUCUAAUACAUUCCUAAAUUUUUAAUACACUGUUUGAUGAAGAAUUGA